AUGGAGUGGGCGUUUCUGUACAGUGUUGUUAUCAAUCGUUCUAUGUUCUGUGCUAAUUAUUUGAUUGGUCACAUGUUGCCAGGUCAGUACAGCACAGUAACUAGUCUAGAGAAGGAGUUUUGGACAUGGAGAAUGGCUGAUUCACCAAAUUACGCCACGUAUCUCGGUUAUCACGACUACAACGAUAGACUACGAUCAUUUAACAUGUCGAUUUUUGACAAAAGGAAGAAUGACAUUGAGGCGUUCAAUGCUAGAUUACAAGCGGUAUCAACCACGAGCUUCACUCCAAUACAAAAAGCGGAUUAUGAUAUUCUGGCGGACACUUUUGCGUCGUACCUAGAAGGACACAAAUGGGCACUAUACAGUGCUAUCAAUCCUAUGAAUUUCCUAGGAGGAAUUCAGCUGUACUAUCCUUUAUCUAUGGCGUCCACCAGCACGAGAGGCGACUUCGAGAAUUACAUCGUAAGGUUAAAGGGAAUCCCCAAUCUAAUCCAAGAUGUAAUGGACACCUUUAAUAAAGCCAUUGAACUGAACCGGACGCUCAACCGAUUGUCCAUUGAACCAGUUCCGGGUCAGAUCGAACAACUUCUCGUCAACGACACAGAGGAUUCUUACUUCUAUCGUCACUUCAAAGAUAAACUUAAUGCUACCGAGUACAUUUCAGAAACAGAUAAGCAGGACCUACGAGCGAGGGGAGCUUCGGCUGUCCAGGCAGUUAAUCAGGCAUAUGCAGAUUUAAAGGAUUAUAUACAAAAUGUCUACAUGCUGAACACUAGACCCGGAAUAGGAGUCAACACUCUAGCGAAUGGAACCGAUUUCUACAGAGCAUGUCUAAAGUGGCAUCUGUCAGUUGACAUGUCACCCGAGGAAGUCCACACUCUUGGUCUGCAGGAGGUUGACAGGAUCUAUAAAAAUAUGCAAACAGUGAUGACAAGACAAAAUUUCGACGGGACUGUAAAGGAAUAUUUUGCAGCCCUGAAUAACGACUCAAGAUUUGUAUGGGAUGAUGCGGACCGAAUCCUUGCAGAAUAUGAAAACAUCAUCCACGACAGAAUAAAACCGAAACUGCCAUUAUUUUUCAAGAAUAUCCCGGACAUACCUAUUGUGGUGGUGAAGCUGUCGUAUGACGGCCCAGCAGGAGGUUACGGGUCUGCCACAGAGGAAUACCCAGGAGUCUUUUAUGUCAACCUAUUCCGACCAAAGGAAAACCCUACUUACGAAUUUAUGAACCUAGCUUUACAUGAAGCCAGCCCUGGACACCAUCUCCAGCACAUCUAUGGCAUGAGAGCUGACUUGCCAGAUUAUCGACGACAACCAGAACUUUCCUUUUUUGACGUUCCUUUCUAUUUCCCUUUCUAUACUGCUUACGUUGAGGGAUGGGCGUUGUAUGCCGAGUACCUCGGUGUGGAAAUGGGACUUUAUAAGGAUGACUAUGAACUGAUGGGUCGAUACAGCGCGGAAAUGCUUCGAGCCUGUCGUCUGGUUGUCGAUACUGGUCUACAUCACUUCAAUUGGGAGCAGCAAAGAGCUGUUGAAUACAUGUUGAACUACACCUCCUUUUCACGCGAAGCUAUAACUAUAGAGGUUAACCGGUACAUAACCUGGCCGGGACAGGCAUGUGCUUACAAGAUCGGAGAAAUUCGUAUAAGAGAGCUCAGAAGGAAAGCAGAAUCUGAACUGGGUUCAUUGUUUGAUAUCCGCGACUUCCAUUCCGUCGUUCUGACAAAUGGUGCUAUGCCACUGAGUGUACUGGACGACACCGUUAAUGACUGGAUCACGACAAUAAAGAACAAUCCAAAACCAGUAUCAGCCGCCACCACCAUGCAACAAAGGGGGAUAAUCCACACUUUUGGUUUACUAAUCUGUGUUCUAUUACGAAAUGUAUUUGUAUAAUUACAUGGUAAAGUUCAUCAAAAAAUGCCAUCUGUUUCAUAUCGAUCAGAAUAUAAAGUUGUCAAGGUGUCAAUAUUUCACUCCUAAAAUAUCCUUGAUAAGUUUGAUAUAUCGAUUAAGUCCAACAAAAGUAUCAUUCAAAACAAG